AGAAACGUCAAACAAGGAAAAAACAAACUUUCGUAAUCGUGUCUGCAUGCGGCACGAAUUUAUACGAAUUUUCCAAUCAAAGUGAAUAAACUAUAUUUAUUAUUGUCAGCGGAUUUGUGGAACCUCAAGUCUACCUAGAUCACACCCGAAAUGGCCAGUAGUCGCCUGGAGAAAAUCGGUACAAUUGUUACCAGGACCGAAGGAUUGUUACGUUCCGGAGCCUUGAAGUGGGAUGACCGACCACUGUGGUACGACGUGGUGAAGGCCUUCCCGCCGAAGGAAGAACCCCGAUACGAUCGUCCCGCUCCAAAUGUGUCCGUUCGAUCGAUUUACUACACCGAAGAUCCAGUGAGGGCGAAAUUCCACAAGCUGCAGAACCGAUCGCAAUACUUGACCAACCUGUCCGAUAUGCGAAGCAAAACCGCAACGCAGCAUUUUAUUGAAACUUACCAACAGUUGAAGCAGCAGGGCGCACUGGAUGAGGAAAAGGUUUUCGAAACGGCACAAGAAAUGCUGGAGGAGAAGCUCGGGCAGUUGAAGCUCGAAAGGAUGGCUGUUCCUCCAGUGCAACAGCAGCAGCAGCCUCAAGGUGGUGCUGGACAGCCCGAGGCAAAGCCGGCUAAAACCGUUCAUUUGCAAGACAUUUUCAAAGAAUAAACCGAGAUUCGUGGUUAGUUAUAUGACGAUAGUUUA